AUGAACAGCAAAUCAAAAGAGAAUGAAGACAAUGGGGAGAGUAGUAUUGAACCAAAAAAGUCUAGAAAGCAUGCUAAGCAUAAAGCCGACUCUGAAUUUGGAGUGGUGCGGGGAAUUGACUUCAAAAAUGUGCACACGGUUGUAAAUUUGGAUAUGCCUCAAAGUGCUGAAGGAUAUGUUCAUCGAAUUGGACGUACUGGAAGAGCAUAUAGUACUGGUGCUUCUAUCUCCCUUGUUUCUCCAGAUGAGAUGGCAAUUUUUGAAGAAAUAAAAUCCUUUUUGGGGGACGAUGAAAAAGACAACUCAAUCUUAAUUCCUCCAUUUCCUUUGCUGACCAAGAAUGCAGUGGAGUCUUUAAGAUAUAGAGCUGAGGAUGUUGCAAAGAGUGUGACAAAAAUUGCUGUCAGAGAAUCGCGAGCUCAAGAUUUGAGAAAUGAAAUUCUCAAUUCUGAAAAGUUGAAGGCUCAUUUUGAAGUUAAUCCAAGAGACCUGGAUCUGUUGAAACAUGACAAGGCUCUAAGCAAGAAGCCUCCUGCUCCUCACCUACGCGAUGUGCCUGAUUAUCUAUUGGACGCAACAACUAAAGAAGCCAGCAAGACUGUUAAGCUUGCUAGAGCUGCAAUGGGAAACACCAACCCUGCUCGCCGCCAUGGAUUUAAGAGAAAAUCCAAAAAGAAUAAGGACCCCCUCAAGACUUUCACUGCUGAGGGGCAUAAGAGAGCUCGUAGAGGCGGGAUGAAGCAAGAAGGAAAAGAUGGCAAUGGCAACCAUAGACAAAAAAAGAGAAAGACCUGAUAUACCAUUUAAUUUAAUUACUGUAUACGCAUAAACAGCGGCUAGCAAGCAACUCUCACAAUUUUGUAUCAAGUUAUAGUGAUAAUACCUCUUUCUUUCAUACAUCUAUCCAUCAAUUUGACAUGCGGUUCAACUUUCUACUCU